AUGAUAAACGAAUCAGACACAGAAUUAGCCAACAAGACAUUGCUGCUACCACCAGCACCACCAAGUUCAUCAUCCACAUCUUCAUUGAAUAAAAUAUCAGGAAGUUCAUUCAAUUCCCCAGCCAACCAAAAUGAUUCUUCUUCAACAACGCAAGAUAAUAAUGAUCCUUUUAAUGGGCUAUCAUUUAGAGUUGGAGUAGCCGAGAAUAAAAAUACCAUCUAUAGGAAUAAGAUGGAGGACGUUCAUACAUAUAUAGCAAACUUUGCCGAACGGGUAGAUUGGGGAUAUUUUGCCAUUUUUGAUGGACAUGCUGGGAAAGAUACUGCAAGAUGGUGUGGAAAUAAUUUGCAUAGUAUACUAGAACAAGAUAUUGAUGAUGAACAUGAAGAUAUGAAUCCUGCACCACCGGUGGGGAAAUAUGAUAUAAGAACGAAUCUUUGUCGAACGUUUGUUAAGGCUGAUGAAUUGAUUGCGAAAGAAGGGGCCGGUUCUUCUGGAUGUACGGCCGCAGUGGCGGUAUUAAGAUGGGAGACAGACGACGACGAAGAAGAAGAAAAAGAAGGCACCAAACAAGCAAAAGAGGGAGAAGAGAAUGAGAACAAGCCAGUUGAGAAUGAUGAGAAAAAGAAACAGUUUGAUUUUGUAAAGAAAGUAAAUCAUAAACGAAUGUUAUAUACUUCAAAUGUAGGAGACCUGAGAAUUGUGCUAAGUCGAAGAGGAAAACCUUAUCGGUUAUCAUAUGAUCAUAAAGCAACAGACCUUAAUGAAAUGAACAGAAUAAGAGAUAGUGGAGGUUUGAUUAUGAAAAAUCGUGUUAAUGGUGUGUUGGCGGUCACGAGAUCUUUAGGUGAUUCUUAUAUGAAAGACUUGGUUAUAGGAAAACCAUUCACAACAGCAACUGAAGUAACGCCAGAUGAUGAAUAUAUAAUAUUAGCAUGUGAUGGGGUAUGGGAUGUCAUUUCAGAUUCAAAAGCAUGUUCAUUGGUUACUGAAUUGUUCUCUAAAGGAUAUGAUGCUCAUGGUGCUGCCAAAAAACUUUGUCAAUUGGCUAUGGAUAAUUCCACAACUGAUAAUGUAACUGUCAUGAUUGUUAAGUUUGAUAAAGAUGUGUUUAACUUAUAG